UCGGCGCUGUGCCAGCUCUAUUUGCUGAAUUUUGACUAAAAUCAACUGAAAACUUAGUUUUCUUUAAGAUAAUUAAAUAAAUUAAAAUGGGCAGCGAAAACGAAGGCAUCCAUGACCUAGAGGCCCGCCUGGAGGAUGUGAACCUGGAGGAUAUAGGCGCCCGCCAUCGCCGCGAGCGAAAGGAGCUCCAAGCCAAGUUGCAGGCCAUGAAGAAGAAUGCCCCAAAAAACAAUAAAAACAAACGUAAGGAGUUCCUGGAGGAGAUGGCCCGCCUGGAGGGCGAGCUAGAGCAGCGUCACAAGGCGGAACUUCAAGCGGCAGAGACCAGUGCUCCAGCAGCAGAAGAAAUCAAGCAGAAAGUGGAGGAGAAGCCGGCAAAGUCUGCCCAGAAUGAGGAGGAAACCGAAGAGCAGGAAGAAGAGCCGGAUCAUCCUUCCAAUCAGCGCGUGUCCAAGGCCCAGAAGCGCAGGGAUAAAAAGGCCAAGGAGGCCAGGGAACGCGAGGCCGAGAUCAAGGUGGAGCUUCAAAACGCCGCCAAUCAGCCUUCCCCCAAACUGAUUGAGCUCCAGCAGAUAACAGCCAAGCUGUCAAGUCGCCAACUGUCCCUGCACAACAUCGCCUCCGAUGGCGACUGUUUGUAUCAAUCCAUCAAGCAUCAGCUGAUUGUGAACGCUCUUCCAGGUCACAGUGUCCAGGAGCUGCGGCAGGAGACGGCCAACUAUGUGCGGGCCCACAAGGACAGCCUCAUCUGCUACAUGACCCACCCGGAAACGGGCGAGCUGCUCAACGACGAGCAAUUCGAGCAAUACUGCCAGGAUAUAGCCAAAACACACGCCUGGGGCGGACACAUUGAACUGAAGGCCAUAUCCUCGCUCCUCAAGGUGCCAAUUGAAGUUAUCCAGGCGGAAGGAGCGCCCACCCUUCUGGGGCAGGAGGAGUUUGGCGGAGCACCUCUGGUCAUCUGCUAUCACCGUCACAUUUAUCAACUGGGCGCCCACUACAACUCCACAGUGCCAGUGGCCUAAAAAUAAAACUCACUCUCACUCGCU